UUUACAGCUUCCUGUUUGGGUUGCAAAGCGGAUAUGAACCGAGGAGCCUCUGUAAACUCUUCUCUUGACUAAAUUAUACCCAUUUUGUCAGCAUUUUGUUUUAGUAAGUGAACACCCGCGCGACGGAAGAUGUCGGAAACGGGAAACCGACUACGGAAACUGCUCGAAUCGCCUAAUUUCGACCCGCAAAAUUACGUGAAGCAGCUGUCACAGCAGUCCGAUGGCGACAGAGAUUUGCAGGAGCACCGUCAAAAAAUCCAAAACUUGGCCGACGAAACGGCUCAAAACCUAAAGAAAAAUGUCUACAAGAACUACAGACAGUUUAUCGAGACGGCCAAAGAGAUUUCCUAUCUGGAGAGUGAAAUGUACCAGCUGAGCCACAUCCUGACAGAGCAGAAGAGCAUCAUGGAGAGCAUCACUCAGGCCUUGUUGUCCACUGACAAGGAUGAGACGUCGAAAGAGAUGCAAGCUGCUUUCCCCAAAGAAACAGAGGAGCUGAAGCAGAGGACGCUCACCUCACUGCUGGAGAAAGUGGAAGGGGGUAAAAACAUCAUGGACACCCCAGGGAGGCACCUUGUCUACAAUGGUGACCUUGUUGAGUUUGAUGUAGACAACAUGUCCCCCAUCCAGAAGGUGCACGCUUUCCUCAUGAAUGACUGCCUGUUAAUCGCCACCUGGCUGCCAAACCGUAGAGGCACUGUCAAGUAUAAAUACAACGCCUUGUACGACUUGGAGAGCUUCGCUGUGGUCAACGUAAAGGACAAUCCUCCCAUGAAGGACAUGUUCAAGAUCCUCAUGUUCCCAGACAGCCGCAUCUUCCAGGCAGAAAACAGCAAAAUCAAGAAGGAGUGGCUGGAGAUCCUGGACGAGACCAAGAAGAACAAAGUCACCAAGGACAAGCACAAGAAAGAGGAGGAGGUCCCUACUUCUCCUGUAAGACCUGAGGUGUCCACCAAUCCUUUCGAUGAGGAAGAUGACCAGCCGCCUGAUGCUGAAGAAAAUGUGGACCUAAGCCUUGAGUGGAUCCAGGAGCUGCCAGAGGAUCUGGACGUCUGCAUCGCCCAGAGAGACUUUGAGGGCGCUGUGGACCUGCUGGACAAGCUCAACGAGUAUCUCAAAGACCAGCCGGUCACCCAGAAGGUCAAAGAGCUCAGAUCCAAGGUGGAUGAGCGUGUGCGGCAGCUGACUGAAGUCCUGGUUUUCGAGUUGUCCCCAGAUCGGUCCCUUCGUGGAGGACCCAAAGCCACCCGACGGGCUGUGUCCCAGCUGAUCAGAUUAGGCCAGUCCACGAAGGCCUGUGAGCUGUUUCUGAAAAACCGAGCUGCUGCAGUCCAGACGGCCAUACGGCAGCUUCGCAUCGAGGGAGCCACGCUGCUCUACAUCCACAAACUCUGCAACAUCUUCUUCACCAGCUUGCUGGAGACGGCCAAGGAGUUUGAGAUGGAUUUUGCAGGAAACACGGGCUGCUACUCUGCCUUCGUGGUCUGGUCCAAAUCAGCCAUGAGGAUGUUUGUGGACGCCUUCAGCAAACAGGUGUUUGACAGUAAGGAGAGCCUGUCCACAGCGGCAGAGUGUGUUAAAGUGGCUAAAGAGCAUUGUCAACAGCUGACAGAGAUUGGGCUGGACCUGACCUUCACCCUGCAGUCUCUGCUGGUCAAAGACAUCAAGGCGGCCCUGCAGAGCUACAAGGACAUCAUCAUCGAAGCCACAAAGCACCGAAACUCUGAGGAGAUGUGGAGGAGGAUGAACCUCAUGACCCCCGAGGCGCUGGCUAAACUCAAGGACGAGAUGCGCAGCUGUGGCAUGGGCAGCUUCGAGCAGUACACCGGUGAUGACUGCUGGGUGAACCUGAGCUACACCAUCGUGGCCUUCACAAAGCAAAUGAUGAGCUUCCUGGAGGAAGGCCUGAAACUCUAUUUCCCCGAGCUGCACAUGGUGCUGCUGGAGAGCCUGAGGGAGAUCAUCCUGGUGGCCGUGCAGCACGUGGACUACAGCCUCCGGUGCGAGCAGGACCCUGAGAAGAAGGCCUUCAUCAUGCAGAACGCCUCCUUCCUCCACGACACCGUGCUGCCCGUGGUGGAGCGCAGGUUCGAGGAGGGCGUGGGCAAGCCGGCAAAACAGCUGCAGGACCUGAGGAAGAGCACGAGGCCGGUUCGAAUCAACCCGGAGAGCACCACAUCUGUGGUCUGAGACUGAUAUCAACUUCUUUAGGUCAUUUGAAAAUAGAUGUGAAUCUGCAAUGUCCUGGCAAUUUCAACUCCCAUUUUAGAAAUAACUGCUAGAUCUUGUUUGUUUUCAGACUGCAGGGCAGGAAAUGACAGAUGCAUCACGGAUAAAGUUGCAUUAACAACAGAAGAAAGAUACCUCAAGAUAGGUAUGUGUAAAAAGCUACUUUGCACCUGAAUUUGUACUGUGUCUCAUAAAAAUACCCAUUUUGAUUUUGGCUAAUACGGAUGAAAAAUGAUCUGUAUGCUUAUAUUCUGAUUAGACCUGUAAUGUUAUGUGCAGUUUUGGGCUCAUGUGUGUUUUCUCUUGAUAACACAGUUGAUUACAGAAAUUGGCAAAAAAUCCUUAUGGCAUAUCUGUGUACUCACUGAGAAAAGCCAAUGUUUAUGUUGUUUCAAAGUUUGGAGGUAAUCUAUUGUGAUGUUUGAUCCAAAGUCACUUAUCACUGAUUUUUCUGCUGGACUGUUAUUAGACACUAAAUAGUGUGCUAGCAUACUAGUACUGGAUAAAAGGGAUGACUGAGAAGAAGAUGCACUGGUAAAUGUUCAUUAUUAUAAUAGUCAAAAUGUAUAAGUUUGUGUUUGACAGUAACACAUGAAAUUGAAUAAAGAUCACCUUGCACAAAUGCAA